AUGAAGCUUUUCGGCUUCGGGAGCCGCAGGGGCCAGACGGUUCUGGGAGCCGUAGACCACAUCUACACGGGUUCCGGGUACCGAACCCGGAACUCCCAACUGCAGGCGAUCCACAAGGCGGCUGUCAAGGGCGACGCCGCGGAGGUGGAGCGCUGUCUGGCGCACAGGAGCGGAGACCUGGACGCCCUGGACAAGCAGCACAGAACUGCUCUACAUUUGGCCUGUGCCAGUGGCCAUGUGAAAGUGGUCACUCUCCUGGUUAGCAGAAAAUGCCAGAUUGAUAUCUGUGACAAAGAAAACAGAACGCCUUUGAUACAGGCUGUCCAUUGCCAGGAAGAGGCUUGUGCCGUUAUUCUGCUGGAACAUGGCGCCAAUCCAAACCUUAAGGAUAACUACGGCAACACUGCUCUCCAUUAUGCUGUGUAUAACGAGAGCAUCUCGCUGGCAGAAAAACUGCUUUUCCAUGGUGCAAAUAUUGAAGCACCGGACAAGGACAAUAAUACCCCACUUUUAUUCGCUAUAAUUUGCAAGAAAGAGAAAAUGGUGGAAUUUUUAUUGAAAAACAAAGCAAGUACACAUGCCGUUGAUAAGCUGAGACGAACAGCCCUCAUGCUUGCCGUGCACUAUGACUCACCGGGUAUUGUCAACAUCCUUCUUAAGCAAAAUGUUAAUGUCUUUACUCAAGACAUGUGUGGACGAGAUGCAGAAGAUUACGCUAUUUCUCGCCAUUUGACAAAAAUUCAACAACAAAUUUUGGAACAUAAAAAGAAGAUACUUAAAAAUGACAAACAAGAUGUUGGAAGUUCUGAUGAAUCUGAAGUCAGCAUUUUCCAUGAACUGUGUGUGGAUUCAUUGCCUGCAUCGGAUGACGAAGACUUGAGUGUUGCUACUAAGGAUUUUCAUAAUCAUGAAGAAAUGAAAGAUCUGAUGGAUGAAAAUUGCAUUUCGAAGACAGAUAUUGCUAUACAGGAAAUAUGCACAAUGAAAAAUGACAAUCUGGAAAAAGAAAAUAAAUAUCUUAAGGACAUUAAAAUUGCUAAAGAAACAAAUGCUUCCCUUGAAAAGUGUAUAAAACUCAAUGAGGAAAAAACAGCAUUCUGGUAUCAACAAGAGCUUAAUGAUCUCAAAGCUGAGAAUGCAAGGCUCAAUUCCGAACUGUUGGAAGAAAAAGAAAGCAAGAAAAGACUGGAAGCUGACAUUGAAUCUUAUCAGUCUAGACUGGCUGCUGCUAUAAGUAAACACAGUGAAAGUGUGAAAACAGAAAGAAACCUAAAACUUGCUUUAGAGAGAACACAAGAUGUUUCUGGACAAGUAAAAAUGAGUUCUGAUAUUUCCGAAGUAAAAGAUGAGAAUGAGUUUCUUACUGAACAACUUUCUAAAACGCAAAUUAAAUUUGACACCUUAAAAGAUAAGUUCCACAAGACAAGAGAUAUUCUCAGAAAAAAGUCAUUGGCUUUAGAAAUUGUACAAAAUGACCUAAGCCAAGCACAGCAGCAAAUAAAGGAAAUGAAAGAGAUGUAUCAAAAUGCAGAAGCUAAAGUGAGUAAAUCCACUGGAAAGUGGAACUGUGUAGAAGAGAGGCUAUGUGAACUCCAACGUGAAAAUCUGUGGCUUGAACAGCAACUAGAUGAUGUUCAUCAGAAAGAGGGUCAUAAAGAGAUAGUAAUUAAUAUCCCAAGAGGCUUUAUUGAGAGUGGAAAGAAAGACCUCCUGCUAGAAGAGAAAAAUAAGAAGCUAAUGAAUGAAAAUAAUCAUUUAAAAGAAAGUCUCUUUCAAUAUGAGAAAGAGAAAACAGAAAGAGUAGUGGUUGUGAGACACCUUCAACAAGAAGUGGCCGAUUCCCUUAAAAAAUUAACCACGUUAGAGUCUCCACUGGAAGGUACAUCAUGUCACAUUAAUUUGGAUGAGACACAGGCCUCAAAGAAGAAAUUAUUUCAAGUGGAAAGUCAACCUGAAGAAAAAAACAAAGAAUUAAGAAAACUUUUUGAGUUAAUAUCAUCACUGGAGUAUAAUGUGAAUCGAAUAAGAAAGAAAAAUCGUGAAUUAGAAGAAGAGGCAACUGGAUAUAAGAAACUCCUGGAAAUGACAAUAAAUAUGUUAAAUGUAUUUGGAAAUGAAGACUUCGGUUGCCAUGGAGACUUAAAAACAGAUCAACUGAAAAUGGAUGUUCUGAUUAAGAAGCUAAAACAUAAGUUUGAUGAUCUUAUGGCAGAGAAGGAAACUGUAUCUUCAAAAUGUGUCAAUUUGGCUAAAGACAAUCAAGUUCUUCAACAGGAGUUAUUAUCUAUGAAAAAAGUACAACAGGAAUGUGAAAAACUUGAGGAGGAUAAAAAGAUGUUGGAAGAAGAAAUAUUAAAUCUUAAGACACAUGUGGAAAACAGUACAGUAGAACUUAGUAAACUACAAGAAUAUAAAUCAGAGCUAGAUGAAAGGGCAAUGCAGGCAGUAGAAAAAUUAGAAGAAAUCCAUUUACAGGAACAAGCGCAAUAUAAAAAACAAUUAGAGAAGUUAAACAAGGAUAAUAUGGCUUCACUAAAUAAGAAGGAACUCACACUUAAAGAUAUGGAAUGUAAAUUCUACAAAAUGAAAACUGCUUAUGAAGAGGUUACAACUGAGUUAGAAGAAUAUAAGGAAGUCUUUGCAGCAGCACUGAAAGCUAACAAUUUCAUGUCAAAAGAAUUAAUGAAAGUGAAUAAGAAAAUAGCAAUGAUCAGCACCAAGCUCCUUAUGGAGAAAGAGCGGGUGAAAUAUUUUCUCAGCACUCUUCCUACAAGGCGAGGCCCAGAGUCACCUUGUGUUGAAAAUCUUACUAGUAUAGGACUCAACAGAAAAUAUAUUCCCCAAAGGCCCGUAAGAAUUCCUACUUCAAACCCUCAGACUUCAAAUAACUGCAAGAACUACUUGACUGAGAUGGAGCCGGACUGUGUAGAACAAAUAAUUAGAGAAACAAAGAGAACUGUUGCUGUGUUGGACACUUGCUCCCAUCUACUUUCUUCUCUGGAAUCCACUGGCUGUGUUCCUGCUCAUUGCUGGAGGUGCUGUCAGGGGCCCAGCCCUCAACCCCAGGUCUGACCCUUGCAGCUCAGGCAGGACAUUCUGGAGGAAUCAUGUCCUUGGAAGGAGCCCUGAGGAGUGACUGUCGUUAGAUGAAAAAGCUGGGGCAAAGAGCAAUACGGAGAGUUGCCCAAAUUCACACCACUGGUCCAGGUUUGAAGCAAGCAGUCUGUACCUGGAGUCCUUGUCUGUAACCAUGGCACCCUGCCUUCUCACCCAACUCAUCGUGGAGUUCCACCUUGUGUCAGGCACUGCACUGAGCAGCUUCUUUUAAGAACAUAAUCUGUAAUUAUGUAGAUUACUAAUUCUACUUCAAAAUGCCACACAGCCUUCAUGUGAUUAAAUGAAGCAAUUGCUCAUCUGAUCUCCUGGGAUCUCUACUAAGAUGCUGGCAGCCCAGCCAGCUGGUCUGGCCCUGGAUGUGCCUUAGCAGCUGGUUAUGCUUCAUGACCUGCAUUGCGGUGGGUGCCAUUUUGCAGACGCUGGUCAGAGUGAAAUGUUCCAUGGGAACUCGGGCCAUGAGAAACAUCCUUCCUGACCACGUGACUGCAGAAACAUCCUUGUCGCACCCUCCCGGGCAAAGGCCCAACAGCCUGACUGCAGGAACAUCCUUGCCAUAUCCUGCCGGGCAGCAAGCUCUACCACCCUGAACCCUCCCUCCCAGUCCCAUGAUUACCCCAGCCUGUGAGUGGCAGUUGGCCCUGGCACUAAGCUGGUUUACCCCUCCGCAGGGUUUUGCUGGCAAUAAAGAUGUUGCUGUUGAAUCUGCCA